AUGCGUGUAGAGGUGGAUGGAUAUGGAUCUGCCGGUUGCUACGAUCUGCUAUGCUCAGGCUUUGUCCAAGUCAAUAAGAAAAUAACCUUGGGUGGAACUAUUGGUCCUGUAUCCACCUAUGGAGGUAGCCAAAUUGGUAUCACUUUACUUGUUUGGAAGGAUCUCGCAAACGGCAACUGGUGGGUGCGUUAUGAGGAUGACAAGGUGUUGGGAUACUGGCCGGCCUCACUCUUCACCUACUUGAAGGAUGGUGCUUCAGCGAUUCACUGGGGAGGAGGGCUUGUGAACUUGAAGUUAGGCGGGAAACACACCACAACACUGACAACAGAGAUUGGGGAGUGGGCAUUUUCCAAGAGAAGGUUUUGGCAAAGCCAGUUACUUUAG